UUCGUGUCGCGGGUCUGCUGGCCUAUACUACCGCUAUCUGAAUUUUCCUUCCUUUUUUUCGAGGAUAAACUACGGUUCCUGGAUCUUAAGGGAAGGAGAUUAGAGACCGUGGCGUUUAGUUUGUAAGGUACUCUGUCCGUGUGCGUGUGGUUAAGUCCCCCCUCUUCCCUCUUCUUCUCCCCAUUUCAAGAAAGAAAAAGGCAGAAUGUGACUGAACGCUGGACGAAGUGAAGCCGCCAUUUUGUAAAAUCGUCUCGUGGGCUUUUUUUCAUUUCCGAGAACAACUGAGGACUGACGAUGUUUUGCUUCAGAUUCGACGAAGUGUAGUGAUUGAAGGAUAAAAUAGAUUUUAGAAAAAAGGAAAAUAACACAAAUAGUAUAAAAUAUGGCUAGAGAAUAUAGUCUCCUGCUCUUAAUAUGGAUGGUAGGUGUUCAUUGCACAGCAGAAGGGACUCAGCAAUGGCAACCUGCAGGAUUACCUAUCGUGCAGGAUCUGAAGAGACGUCUCAACACGCCCUUAGGAAGCGUGUCUGUGACGGAAGCGAAGACCAGUCGCCGAGAAGAGGACGAUUUAUUUGGAAAUUUUACGGAUAAAACGAAAGUGAAGCUCCCCAGCCUCCCGUGCAGUAUAAACAGCGACUGCCUACGCUGGAGUGACCCCCAGCUCGUCUGCGUGGAGGAACAGUGCACGUGUCGUUUUCCUUACUGUUGGGUGUACCAUCUGGAGAGCUCUGGGUGGACGUCACGCUAUGUCUUCAGCUGUGGGACGUGUGGGACCCUCGGCUCCUCCUGCAACGCCAGCAUCGUCUGCGAGUACCCGGGCGUAUGCUUCGAGGAUGGCUAUUGUCACUGCGCCCAGGGGGAGAAUUUCAACGGUAUUUGCGUGGUCACAGAUAACAGCUGGAUGUACACCAUCGUCCUGGGCGGCCUGGGAGUCCUCACCUUCAUCGGCUUUGUAAUAAUCAUCUACAAUUUGUGUAGGAAUCCACCCUGGCGCCAGCAAGAACCCUGGUGUUGUGGUCUUUGCAAUGCAGACGCGAGGCCGAAGCGCCGUCGGUCCAUUGAGAAAACGCCUGCCUUCACGAUCCAGACGAUGUAUUCGAGUCAGUCCGACGAAAACAAACUGGAAUCCGGCGGCGACGCGACUCAAAACCGCCGAGAAGUGCGCGAAUCGGCAGCUUCCGGAGACGAGGUCGGGAGCGUGUCCUCAGCCGCGACUCAGACGACCCUCUUGAGCAGCAGGAGCCUCACGUCCUUCGUCAGCGCCGCCAGCACCGUCGCCGCAGAGGCAGUGGCGAACCGAACGCUGGAGAACGACGCUGAGGAACGGGCUUCUGAAGAGCGGGUCUCUAGCAUACCUGAUGAACGGGUUUCUGUGACAUCCGAAGAACGGUUUUCUGUGACAUCCGAAGAACAGGCGUCUCUGAAAUCCGAAGAACAGCUCUCCGACAAUUCCUUAUCGAGCAGUUGUUCCCACGAGCGGUGCCAACUCUGUCUUCCCAAAGGCUUGUCCUCAAGACCUCCCAGCGUCGGUCUUCCUACCCCGUCUACGCCUCCUACAGGCACGACACCGAAGCAGUCCCCACCCUCCAGGGGGCCGUACGCCCCGAACUCCAACGACGAGGAACUAGGAACUGAAAUCACGUCCUUAUAGGCCAGGCGGGAGGAGUUCAGUAAGGGUGAGGGAGGCCACGGAGUCACGUUGGCAAUGUUAUUUUACUGUGUGUGUGUGCGCGUGUGUAUGUGUGUGUGUGUGGGCAUGUGUGUGUGUGUGUGUGUGUGUGUGUGUGUGUGUGUGUGUGUGUGUGUGUGUGUGUGUGUGUGUGUGUGCGUGUGUGUGUGUGUGUGUGUGUGCUUCAGCGUUUUCUAAAUAUUGAUUCGCAUCUGAAAGACCUUUUUUCCCAUGAGAAAAACAAUGAUGAUAAUCGAAACCAGUAAUGAUAAUGUAGAUCUCACGGAUAGAAGAUUGUCUCGCCGAGCAGGAAUAUUAAAAGGUGACCCAUUUGUCAGCAACGUAUAUUUAUCAUGAUAUGUUGUAAUUGAGAAAUACCUGCUGUCACUUAGUGAGUGAGUAACAAACAAAUAAUCAUUCUUUAUUAUUAUUUAUUUUAUCGAAGUUUGUUUAUUCUUGAAAAGUUUAUAUAUAUAUAUAUAUAUAUAUAUAUAUAUAUAUAUAUAUAUAUAUAUAUAUACUUAUAUAUAUAAGUCAUACUGAGAUUGUUUGAUAAAUGAGCAUUUUAUUGCUAUUAAAGUGUUUAAUUUACGAAAAAAAAUAAGUGACAGAUAAAAUUAAUUCUCCUUGCUUUUAAUCAGCCGUUGUACUUUCUCAAAGCAUCUAUAUAGAGGUUGUACUGAGAUCAAGGUUGGUAUAUUAACAAUGUAUUAUUGCUAAAAUGUUUCAUAUAUAUAUAAAAGUCAAAUAUUACUAGGAGCAAAAAAGGUGUGGUAAACAGUAGCUUACAAGUACUAUUCACGUGACACUGAUAAGCUACGUGUACAUAUGUAUAUAUAUACAGACUAUAAAGAAAUAAUGUUAGAUUGUUUUCUCUAUUUUCUUCUCUAUAAAUGCAUAUACUGAAACCUAUUAUCCAUAACAACUGUACAAUUCGUGUGUGAGUUAUCCUUGAAAAUUUUAUUGUUAAACUUUUCCCAUGAUUGUGUGUCCUUCCGUUUAAUUUCGCAAUUUCUGCAAAUCAUUAUCACUUUUUUCUAAAACCUUCUGUGAUAAGAUAUAUUAUGGGUUGUAAUAAAUAAAGAGUAAACAUCAUUGUGUAGAAUGUUUUGUAUAUAAUUGCUUAAUUUUCUUGAAUUGGUGUGAUUCCAGUUAGUAAUAAUGUGUAUUUUACGAUUUGAUGCUUCUGAAAGGCAAAAAAAGUCUUUUCGUCUUUACUACGUUUCUUAUAUUUUGUUAUAUAUUAAUCCCUAAAUAUUAUUGUCUUGGAUUUUUGUACAUAUUUAUCUGGAGACUUUGUAAACUGCUCUUUACUCUAGAAACAAUACACUUUAUUAUUUUUUUCUGUGUCUGUUCUCUCUUCUCUUUCUCUCUCUGUCUGUUUGAUUCUCUCUCUCUCUCUCUCUCUCUCUCUCUCUCUCUCUCUCUCUCUCUCUCUCUCUCUCUCUCUCUCUCUCUCUCUCUCUCGCUCUCUCUCUCUCUCUCUCGCU